UGGCUAUAGCUACUCCACCUCCCGGUUAUUUCAUCUUCCUUACAAGGCCAAAGCUAGCAGCUUUCCUCUGCGCCUGGGUGCCUCAAAAGCAGCAGAGCAAGCCCGGAGGAUCCCGGUGGAGUGCAGUGGGAUGUGAGGCUGACAGGGAUGGGGAAGGAAGCACUGCUGUGAGCCCUGCAGAGCAUAAUACAGAGAAGGCUGGGGCUCUCCAGAGGAGAAAUGUGACAGUAUCCUAUGAAUGCUAAACCAGGUAUUCAUUGAUGUAGAUCUUCCGAAGAAACACGAAAGCCAACCCAAAAAGAAAUCACUGAGGGGGGAAGAGUGCAACGUGAGAGGUGAAAUGAGACCAAGAGACCAGACGAUCACUACACACCUCCUGCAGAUUCUCAUCUAAGGCAUCGGCUCAGCCUUCCAGCCAGUGUAUGCAGAAGUGUAGGUUCAGCAGCCAAGGAUGGAAGUGCUACGCCGUUCCUCAGUCUUUGCUGCAGAGGUGAUGGAGGUUUUUGACAGGUCUCCCACUGACAAGGAGCUUGUGUCCCAGGCCAAGGCUCUCUGCAGAGACUACAUCAAUUCCAGGCUAAUUCGAGCAGGUGUCAGCUGGAGCAAACCUGAGUACAAUGCACCGGUGCCUGGCGGUAAGCUGGCCGAGGUGUCCACCAUACUGCUGCGACUGGGGGAUGAGCUGGAAUACAUUCGCCCCAACGUCUACCGGAAUAUUGCCCGCCAACUGAACAUCUCCCUGCACUCGGAGACGGUGGUGACAGAUGCCUUCCUCGCAGUGGCAGCACAGAUUUUCACUGCAGGCAUAACGUGGGGCAAAGUGGUGUCUCUCUAUGCCGUGGCAGCUGGGUUGGCAGUGGACUGUGUGCGGCAUGCACAGCCAGCCAUGGUUCACACUAUCGUAGACUGCCUGGGAGAGUUUGUCCGCAAGACCUUGGUGACAUGGCUGAAAAGGAGAGGAGGCUGGAAUUCAAAACUGGGUGUUUUGAUAGUUCCAAAUGGAUAUCUCUCAAAAGUUUGUUGCAUAGCGAACAAGCCACAAAACCCAUCCUCAGACCAGAAGCAGUUCUUUGCAGGUGAGUAGAUAAGUCCUGUCCACUACUAGGUCCUUCUGUCCAUGGUCCUUCUUUGGAUGGCCAGCACAUUUCUAUUGGAGUUUUUGAACGUAUGCUGCUUCCUCUUGGGAUCUGGCCCUAGGAAAAGGAAGCCAAUCUCACUGCCCCCUAUCAAGCUAAGCAACUGUAAAAGCUGCUGGGUUAUGCUGAUUACAGCCUGCCUCCAGUACCCUUAUCAGCAAUUUUGGCCUGCAACAAAGAGCUAUUUUCUCUCUAGAAAUGAGUGGUUCCUUCAGUCUGGGGAAAGGCUGCUCAUCCUCUUGCCAUCUUGUGCUGUGUUUCCCUGAAUAUUCUUCCUCUUGAUCUAGGCACUGCAGUGUGAAAUUUCACAGCCUUGUUUACAAAUGUGCCAGGCAAAACAGCUCAGUAGUGGGGACCCUUUCAUCUGCUGGUUGUUAUUUUGUCUUGGUAUGGAAUCCUCCUUUCCGCUGUGCACACAGCCCUCAUCUCUUACGCAUCAGCUCAGGUUGAGCUUGCCAAGAGGAGCCACUGUGCUCCAAGCUGUCUCAGAAAAGCCACUGUGGAGACCUUGGAAAGGCAUUUGAACCAGUUAGCAGCAGGUUCCCAUACUACCUCCAUAGGAUGGAGAGUGACCCUACCCCUCAAAGCCCAACCCAAAACAAACCUCUUAGGAGAAACAAGAAGUGUUUCACCUUUUAAGGCAUCAUCUGUCACGUGGGAGAGUUUGCAGCCUCAGUAGAAAAGAAAGAGGUUUUUUUAUUACUUUUUUCAGCAUCUGUUACAUACAUUAGCUGCAGAGAAGAACAUGGGACUUGAACUUGUUUGAACAAUUAACAGGCGAAGAUAAAACUGCCAUUGCAACAGUUUAUCAGUGCCUCACAAGACUAAAAGACCUGUUCUAUUUUCAAUUCCAGUGCCCUAUCAGGUAUGCUUUAUUUGGAUAACAAUAGCUGAGGCAGUUGUUAAACAGCUGAGCAAUUUUGUUUAUCUAUGCAAGCACAAUACAAAUUUGUAAGUGCUUCUGACUUCAGCUCCUCUUGAUUAGCCGCAGUGAGUUCAUUGCCUUUAGUAGGGAGUCCACACUUUCUCAUCUGGAAGCUAACCUUCUUCAGCAAUAAUCAACCUAGUGUGCAUAUCUGGGGCUUGUACUGGUUCACAUUAGGCACUUAAACCCUUUAGAGCUUAGGUUUAUUAUUGUUCGGCUACUCUAACAUCUGAAUACAUGUUCAGGCUGGUACCUGCGCAUUAUGACUUCUCUUGACUAAAGAGACAGCUUUACACAGCUGUGUUUUAAAUAUGACAUGAUGCAGGUCCCUAAAAUUGGGUAGACUGAAUCAGGUCAGACUUUUUUCAAAUGCAAAGAGGGUGACUUUGCUAAGCCAUCACUGAAAGCAUUUAGGCAGACCCAUUUUAUUUCCCUCUACAGUACAUUUCCUCCUGACAUCCAGUUUCUGCUCAUCCUUUCGUGCCUCUAUUCAUUCCUCCUGCAGUCUCUACUUUUCAGUUAUUUGUGGGCUCAGCAUGUCCUAGUGAUCCCUGAAAAACAGCAGUGUGGUGUGAUUCAGCAUGCCAGCCUUUCUGACUUCCCUGUGAGGGAGGAACUGUGUGGGAGGUUAGCCUCAAAGCUGCUGUCAAGAGACCUUUGGUCUGAAGAUCGUGGUGGAGUCAAUUAGUGCAGGUAUACUCACUACUCAGGCAUGAGGAUUUGUCCCUUCAGUCCCCUUGUUUUUUUCUGAUUACUACCAAGGUUGGUCAGGUGAGGCUCACCCAUGUCCUGAACACAGGCAGAAAUACUGGUCAAGAUUGUUGUAUUCAGUAGGUCUUGUGUCCUAUUCUACAGGAGGAACAUCUCAGGGUUGAGAGUGUGGCUUCCCUCUGCUUGGUCAAUGAGACGCUGGUGUCAGAAGGCAAACUUGGAAGACCCCUGAGCUAAGCCUGUAAAGAAAAAGCUAUUUGCCCUCCUUCUGACUCGAUUCUUGUUCACAUUUGCCACCCAAAUGAUGUUUUUGAGAACUGUCAAGUUGAUGUGGUAGCAGUGCACCCUCUCUAACAGAGCUACAGUCCACGUGUCUCCUUGUGCUAGGCUGAAGUUUAACCACAAGCUCAAUCAUAUUGCUGGCAGAACUUUGUUUCCCCCACCAGAAGAUGCAUUUUUCUAUCUGCCUCUGUCCUGUUUGUUUUACCCUCCAGAUAUUUUCCACCUUCUCUUCCCAAUGCCAGCCGAGAUCCUGUCUUCAUGAAUUUGCUGGAUUGUUGUAGUUAUUUGUUCAUUGCAGGCCAGCUUCUAUUCUUGUUAAUACUUGAAGGCAGCUGCCCAAGCGAUCUUUAAAUCUGGCCCACGUGUCUGAGAGGCAUCUCUGCCAGCAUACAUAUUUCCACAAACAAAGCUUGCAUUGCUUUAGAUUUAAAUUGGGGGUUGGCUUGCUUGAACGAAUUCCAAAUAAAACAUUAAGGGAAGAGAAAAAGUGCAAGCAACUUCAGCUGAUAUUAAACAGGACAACCUCUGGGAAGCAUCUUGCUUUACAGAAAAGGACGAGAAUGAUGAUACUGCCAAGCCUUCCUAGCUCUUUUGAAAAACGAAUGAAAGUUUCUCUUAUUUAGCUAUUCUAAACGGAAAAUGCUUGACAAUCUUGCUGUAGCAUUUCUUUCCCCAGGGGUGAGGAAAGGGAGGUAUUUCACCUUGUUGAUGCAGAAUGAGGAAAGUGUAAUUUGCAGAGCUCUUGAGCCCAAUUUAAUAACUUGCAGUGUGUGAAAGUGUCAGAGCAAGCAUUUGUGUUGCUGACAGUGUGGCACAGUGGUGCUGCAGCAGUGAUGGUGAGGUGCUGCGGGUUGUGGGGCCAGAAGAGCCUGCAGCGGUGGCUGAGGUGGUUCUAGGCAUCUCUCUGAUGAUCUCUGUUCCCUCCU